AUGGUGCGAUCGUCAAUCACCAACCUGCUCCUCCUGUUGGGCACGACCGAAUUCGUCGCAAGCUCCCAGGCCGCUGGCAACCAGGUCGUCUUCGGCCCGUCGACCGACCGCUUCGAGACCUUCGAUCUACACGGCCUUCGCCCAGAGGCACACGCAGAGCUGCUUCAGGUUGUCCAAGCCCACAAAGACCCCGUAGAUGCAUACCUCGCGCUUCGGCCCGAGGCUGCUGAGGAGCUGGCCGAGCCGCGACUCCUCCACGUCCUAGGCGAACCAGAGCCGAAAUGGAUGACCAACGGAGACAAGAUGCGCCUGCGGAGAAAAGAGCACAAGUUCAUGGACGUCACAGACUAUCAGGACAUGUACACAGAGCAAUUGGGGGCGCUAUCAGGCAAAGCGAAACUGCCAGAUCUCAGACAUCAUCGCUUGAUCAAGCCUCUCUUUCCCCAAAUUUCGACGCAGAGGAUGCAUGAUGUGCUCAAGCACUUGACGAGCUACUAUAACCGAUAUUAUGGUGGGGUUACCGGAGAACACAGCGCUCAGUGGCUGCACGACCACGUCGCCGAGAUCAUUGCCGAGAGUCCUUUUCAUACGCAUAUCUCGCUCGAAUUCUUUACCCACGUCUUCCCUCAGCCUUCCAUCAUUGCGCGCUUCGAACCCAAGGUGCGCAAUUGGACACAUCCCUUGACCAUCCUAGGCGCCCACCAAGACUCCGCCAACUACUUGUUCCCCCUGCUGCCAGCGCCGGGCGCUGACGACGACUGCUCCGGCUCCGUCAGCAUCCUCGAGGCGUUCCGAGUUCUCGCGCACAGCGGCUUCAUACCCAAGGACGGGCCAGUCGAGUUCCAUUGGUACGCUGCGGAAGAAGGUGGACUGCUGGGCAGCCAGGCAGUUGCCAGAUACAAGAAAGACUCGAAUGCAGUUAUUGGAGCCAUGAUGGAGUUUGAUAUGACUGCUUAUAUUGCGCGAAAUUCUACUGAGUCUAUCGGUUUCAUCAAGACCCAGGCAGAUGAUGCCCUGACUUAUUGGGCCCUGAAGCUUGCCAAGGAAUACAUUUCCAUCGAAUCUGAUGUCUAUGAGCUUGGACCGAAUGCCGGAUCCGAUUAUAUGUCUUACACAAAGCUCAACUAUCCCGCCGCCUUUGCCUCCGAAGGCGAUCCAAUGCACGGCGGCUUUCCCGGAGACUACGACCCGUAUGUCCAUACCUCAAAGGACACGAUGGACGUCAACGAUACAAACGGAUACUUCUCUAUUGACCAUAUGGCUCGCUUCUCGGAGUUGGCUAUUGCCUUUGUUGUAGAACAAGCAGGAUGGGACAACAGUUGGCGAUGA